AUGACCGCCAGUCAGUUGAGAAUAGCACUAUGUUCAGACUGCUACAAUUCCCUAAAGAAACCAGCUAUGCCCAGAUAUGCACUGGCAAAUAAUCUAUAUAGAGGUCAUCUUCCUACUGAAUUUUGUGACCUUACAUGGGUUGAAGAGAUGGCAUGUGCUAUUUAUCAUAUCACUGCCCAUGUAACCUGUUUGUAUGGAUUUUCAGAACCUGGACAGCCAAAGAUUUUUCAUGGAAACACCAUAACACGUGAUAUGAAUGUCAUAUCAACAACAACAGUGCUUCCUAGAACUCCUGCAGACAUCACUGGGUAUCUCUCAGUUGUAUCUAUUGGACCUCAUAAAAUCAAAGCCAGUGACCUGGGCAAUACAUUCAGAGUGCGAAAAGCCAAAAUAUGGCAUUUUCUUCUUUGGUUGAAGCACCAUAACAGAUUAUAUGAGCAGAUCCUGUUGGAUCAGAGUAACAUAGAUCAAUUUCCAGAUGAUGGUGUUCUUCCUGGUGUAUCUGACCCAGAAGGAGACAGCAUUAGUAUACAGUAG